UCGAUCGAUCUAUUCUCCUCGACGUCGAAGCUUCAAUUCGUGGUAGAUACGAUCAUGGCAGCAUCCAGAUCAGCUGCUCUCCUCGUGGUGGCCAUGGCGGCGGCGGCGCUUGCGACCACGGCGAUGGGCGCCACCACCUACACGGUGGGAGCCCCAGCGGGGUCGUGGGACAUGCGCACCAACUACGCGCAGUGGGCGUCGUCCAUCACCUUCCGCGCCGGCGACCAGCUCGUGUUCAAGUACUCCCCGUCGGCGCACGACGUGGUGGAGGUGACCAAGGACGGGUACGACGCCUGCUCCGCCUCCAGCCCCAUCGCCACCUUCACCUCCGGCAACGACACCGUGGCCCUCGCCGCCGCCGGCACCCGCUACUUCAUCUGCGGGUUUCCCGGCCAUUGCGCCGGCGGGAUGAAGCUCGCCGUCAAGGUCGAGGACGCCGCCACCGGUGGCAGCACCGCGCCGUCGCCGAUGGCACCUCGUGCAGGCGCGAUGCCACCGGCAGCCGGUGGCCGGCCAGUGCCUCCGUCGAGCUCGGCGAUCAAGUCCACUAGUGUUGGAUCUCUGGUUGGUCUUAUAGCGGCUGGUGUCAUGCUCUUCUAUUAGAGGAAGAGGAUACAUGUUUUUUUUUUUUUGGUCUUCUCUCUAUUUUUGAUUUGAGCACUCAGCUGAUUGAUCGUGCUCAUAUAUACUAAUUAUUUUGUUCUUUGUGUUUAUGAGUCUGACUCAUAUAUAUUGUUAGUUAUAUAUAUUCAUAUGUAA